AUGUCCGACCACGGCUCUGAUACCUCUGACAAGGUGGCACUGCCGCCUCACAUUCGACUCAACUCAGGCCGACAGGAUCCGUAUGCCGAAGGCCCGGAUAGCUAUGCGCCUCUCACGUCUCGAACUUUCCCUAGACCCUUGACACCACAGGGCGCCGAUUUGCCGACACCGAUAGGAGCUCAAGGGAUCUCUCCAUACGGUUCAUCGGCUGCCCCCGAAUCAUCAGAGUUUCUACUACCUCCCAAGCUGAGACCUACACAAGGAGCGGGUGUCAGUGAGAGUGACAGGCCGCGGUCGCCGGAUAGGUGGUCUGGAGGACAGUCAAGUAUCAGCUCCAUCAGCCGUGAGAGUACUUUCCCAUUGGAUCCAUUCCAAGAUUCCAGGGCUCCAUCUCAGACCUCAGACAAAGAGGAGUAUGAUUUGAAUACGCAGACUGUUUCUGAGAAGUUCAACAUUAUGCCAACUGAUGGCCUGUUGUUGUUCCCCGAAGAUGUGGAGAAAGAUGAUCAUAUGCACAAUCCUGAUCCGAUGGACAAGGAUCGGGACUGUGAUAUCUGGAAUCGCCGUGGUGUAAUGAACCUCGGAGGUUUGUUGGUUCUGACUUUGGGCAUUCUGGUACUCUUCAUUGGUUACCCUCUCAUAACCUGGUUGUCAAAUAUUCUGCAACCCAAGCCUGGUGCAUGUCACCCAGCGGAUACACUGUGUUUAGAUGUUGGAGAACGGCCAUUGUUAAGCAACCUGCGCAUAGGCUUGAUCGACCCUGACACACCCGAAGAAUUCCACACCAAGAAGAAUCUCAAUGGCAAGGAAAUGAAGCUAGUGUUUUCAGAUGAAUUCAAUGUCCCUGGUCGGACGUUCUUCCCAGAAGAUGAUCCAUUCUUUGAGGCUGUUGACUUGUGGUAUGGUGUGACAGCCGAUAAAGAGUGGUACGAUCCUGACGCGGUGACCACUGCAGACGGAACCCUCCAGCUUCGAUUCGACCACUUUGAGAACCACGAACUCGAAUACCGGUCCGGCAUGGUUCAGAGCUGGAACAAACUCUGCUUCAAGGGAGGUCGACUCGAAGCCAGCAUGUCCCUUCCGGGUGAUGGUCACAUUGAGGGUUUCUGGCCUGGCUUUUGGGCAAUGGGUAACCUGGCCCGUCCUGGUUACGCUGCUACUACCGAUGGCCUGUGGCCAUACAGCUACCACGAUGGAUGUGAUGCUGGUAUCACUCCAAACCAGAGCUCUACCGAUGGUCUCAACUGGCUUCCUGGUAUGCGUCUGCCUGGUUGUGCCUGCGAGGGUUCGGAUCACCCGACACCUGGCAAGGCUCGCAGUGCGCCUGAAAUCGAUGUUAUUGAAGGAAGCACUGCAGCUCUAUACGGAGACAGUGGCCCAUUUGUUGGUAGUGCAUCCCAGAGUUUGCAGACCGCACCCUUCGACCUGUGGUACAUGCCUGACUAUGACUUCGCUGCCGUCUACGAUGACCGUGUCACCCAGAUCAACAGCUACCGUGGAGGUGUCUAUCAGCAAGCCAUGUCUGCCCUUACCAACCUGAAUCAUCGUUGGUACAACGGAUCACAAUAUCAAACCUACUCCUUUGAGUAUACUCCCGGCGCCGAGGGUGACAUCACCUGGUUCGUCGGUGCUGAGAAGACCUGGACCUUGGAUGGACGCGCCAUCGGUCCUAAUGGAAACAUUGGCCAGCGCAUGAUUCCAUUAGAGCCCCUGAGUCUCGUCAUGAACAUGGGUAUGGCUGAUAACUUCGCUCCGCAAAACGCCUCCAUUCGCGAGUACAUGCCUGCCCUGCUGCGAUUCGACUAUGUUCGAAUUUACCAGGACCCAGAUGACGAGAGCGUCACCUGCGAUCCCCCUGGCUAUGAGACAACCAAGUAUAUUGAACAACACCGCAAGGCAUAUGAUAACGCCAAUUACACGACCUGGGAUGCCGCUGGCUAUCACUGGCCUAAAAACUCGUACAUGCAUGAGUGUCCUGCUAAUUAG